AUGGUUAGCACGAGCAACGCACAGGACUGCUGUUUCCAAACGCCACUAUCAAGACACAAGGUGAUGAGCCAUAAACCGCCCGGCUGCCACAGCCGAGCCCUUGGCGGCACGGGCAGGAGGAAGAGGAGGGAGGGGGAUGGCGGCCAGCCCCCCGCUCGGUGUCAGGCGGGCACCCCGGGUGCCACCGUGGUGGUUGGGAGCGCAGCCCUUUCCCUAGGGCUGGUGCCGCUGGCUGCGGUGGGUCUCUCAUGCCCACUGGCCACCCUCAUGCUGGGGCCCGGGGGCGUGCCAGCGGGGAACAGGACCUACUUCCCCUUCUUCUCGGACUUCAGGGGCCGCAAUGUGACGGCCCUGCGCGUCGGUGAGUCGUUCGCCCUGGCCACCGUCUUCCUGCUGGCCUUGGUGGGAAACGUCUGGGGCAUCUGCCUGCUGGUGCAGCAGCGUCACCGGCACCGGCUGUGCGCCGCCAACUGCCUCGUCCUCAACCUCUUCUGCGCCGACCUGCUCUUCAUCACCCCCACCCCCUUCAUCGCCGUCGUGCGCUGGACCGAGUCCUGGGUGCUGGGCGACGUCGUCUGCCACAUGCUCUUCUACGUGGUGAGCCUCAGCGGCACCGUCGUCAUCCUCUCCCUCUCGGCCGUCAGCCUGGAGCGCGUCGUCAGCAUCGCCCGGCUGCGCCACGCCGCCUUCCGCCGCCGCAAGGAGAUUCAGAUAUGCACCUUGGUUUGGCCCAGCAUUGCAGGAGAAAUAGUUUGGGAUGUGACCUUUGCCGUUGUUUUCUUUCUAAUACCAGGAUUAGUCAUUGUCAUCAGUUAUUCCAAAAUCUUACAGAUUACAAAAGCAUCAAGAAGGAGUUUAAAUGCUGGUUUAGCCUACUCAGAAAAUCAUCAGAUUCGUGUUUCCCAGCAAGACUACAAACUAUUCCGAGCCCUCAUUGUGUUGAUGAUCUCUUUCUUCAUCAUGUGGAGCCCAAUUAUAAUAAUUAUUCUUUUAAUUUUAGUCCAGAACUACAAACAAGAUUUAAAUAUUUUGCCAUCAGUUUUCUUCUGGGUAGUGUUAUUCACUUUUGCCAACUCUGCUGUCAAUCCAAUUUUGUAUAAUGUUGCCCAUUUCAGACGUAAAUGUCAGGAAAUUCUUCUCUGUUGUACAGGGAGUCCUGCAAGGCAUGGGGCUGGUACGGAAACCACUGCAAGAAGAAGUAACCCUGAACACCCAAAUUUGUCUUUGGAUGUUAAUGUCUACACUAUCCCAGGUUGA